AUGCAGAAAGGAAACGUCACUGUUGGUAGCAAUGGGAAAAGAAAGGCUUGGCAGGAAAGGCGCGAAGUAGAGAUACACGCGAUCAAAGAUCCGAAGAUCAAAAGAUCGAAAGAUCCCAAAGAUCCCAAGGAUCUCAAAGGUCCCAAGGUCCCAAGGUCCAAAGGUCCCAACGGUCCCAAAGAACCUCAAGGCCAAGAUCAAGGAGACAGGGUUUGGGAGGCGUCAAAGAAUAGGGAAAAGGGAAAUUGGAAGGGAGAAAAGAGGUGA